AAUUAACCUCCAUGGCCGGCAUAUCCUCCCCUUCAUCCCCACCGGCGCCGCCACGCCCCUCCACCGCCAGCCAUGACGACAAAACCAUAACAAUGGAUCCCGAAACCAACUCCGUUGAAGCAAACCCUAAUGAAUCAACCAACAACUUCACUCUCCUCCUCACCAUCAAUUUCGCCGUUUUGAUUGCGGGCUCCAUCGGCGCAACCCUUCUCACCAAAUUCUACUUCAUCCACAAGGGCUCCAGCCGCUGGGUCUCCACGUGGGUCCAAUCCGCGGGCUUCCCCCUCCUCUCCCUUCCCGUCUUCCUCCCCCACCACCUAUUCCAUCUCACCCCUCGCCGCCCCUUUUCUGGCUUCACCACAAAAUUGACGAUUCUGUCCCUCCUCGUGGGGGUUUUCAUUGGCGUUUCCAACCUCCUCUUCUCGUGGGGAACCUCCUACCUCCCGGUCUCCACCUCAUCGCUGCUCCUCUCGUCGCAGCUGGCAUUCAAUCUGAUCCUCUCCGCUGUCAUCGCGAAGAAUAAGAUCACGUUUAAGAACCUCAAUUGCGUGAUUCUCCUCACGCUGAGCUCGGUGCUGCUGGCGCUGAGCGCCAGCAGCGACCGCCCUGCGGGGCUGACGCACCGGCAGUAUCUGAUCGGGUUCUUCUCAACCCUAGCGGCGGGGAUCUCGUUCGCCGUAUACCUGCCGGUGAUGGAGGUGAUCUACCGCGAGGUGCGGAGCUAUGCGAUGGUGGUGGAGAUGCAGCUGCUGGUGGGGAUGGCGGCGACGGCCUUCGCCAGCGUGGGGAUGGCGGCGGAUGACGGCUUCUCCGAUCUGGAGAACGAGGGCGCGGCGAUCUUCGACCUCGGGGAGGCGGCGUACUGGAUGACCAUCGCCGGGUGCGCGGUGACGUGGCAGAUGUCGUUCUUGGGGACGGCCGGGAUGGUUUUCCUGACGACGUCGCUCACCAGCGGGAUAUGCAUGACGGCGUUGCUGGCGCUCAAUGUCGGCAGCGGGGUGGUGGUUUACGGAGACGAAUUCGGAGGAGUGAAGGCGGUGGCGACGGUGCUGUGUGUUUGGGGAUUCUGUUCCUAUGUGUACGGGAUGUAUCAGAAGCCGCAAAAUCGGAGGGGAGUUUCUGUUGAGAUUAUGAUGUAGAGUGAGUGAUUCACGGAUAUCAUUUGCUUCCCUAUUAUCUUUUCCCUUUUCGAUUAUAUUUCUGGACUAGUAUUUUCUUCUUCAAUAAAUUCAUAUAUGAUGCUACGAAAUGCAUGGAGGCAGGAGCUGUAACAGAUGUAGCAUCAUGUUUUCUUUUCUACAUGUUUUGUUGGACUUCAGAUUCAAUUCUUCAACGUUUGUGCUUUAAUCUAUAUAUCAUUUUCAUCUUUUCGUACUA